CACAAAAGUAGUGAUAGUAAAUUGCCGCGAUUUCGCGAAUUCUCAAAAGUUCACAUAAAAGUAGCAAUAUUAAUUAUAUUCUCUCCCGAUAGUUCAAAAUUAUACCAAAAUAUUUCAUUUUUUAUGACAUAUCGUAUUUUUUGUUUGGUGACUAUAACAAAUAGAGCUUUUUAGUUAAAAAAAAUACAAAAGUGUAUAACCUUAUAUUGGUAUGCCGCCGGUGGUAUUUACUAAUUGUACACAGUAAUUAACUUUAACACGGCAAGGAUAGUAUUUGUAUGCUAUGCGAGUUUUAAAGGGUAUUUUAAAGCCUGUAGUUAUAUACUAUUUUGAACUCAAAAAGAUACAGUGAAUAAUGAGUCAACAAACGACACUGACUUGUUAUUUUAAAUCAAAAGCACUGCCGGUCGAAUUAAGCAGGUGCGGGAGUAACAAGAUGAAUAAAAAACGUUGUUUGAGCACAAAGAAGUUGUCUACUCCAAGCACAUCGUCCACUCCUAAAUCUGAGUCACUGCAGACUCCAAAAAAGAAGAAAGUGGUAUUGAGGCAAGAGGAGGAUACUAUAAUUUUAUCAAGUGAAAGUGAACCCGAAGAGACUCCAGUAAAGAAGCCAUUCAAAGGAAUAUCUGUCAGAAGUAUCGAGUCACUGACAUCAGGUGCUAACUCCUCACACUUACAGUCUCCCAACUCUAGUUUUGUUGAUCCUGAUGCAUCAAACUCUUCAUCAAGUACAUUUGUUUAUACUUUGUCUCCUGGAGCUGUGCUAGGACCAGUACCCACAACUCCCAAAUCUGUAAGUCCGGGAAGUAAAAAAUACUUCUCUCCAACUAAAAAGAGGCUUUACAAAACAAGGUCUCCUGCUAAAAGAAAUUUGGCUGAUCAAUUUGGUGAAAAGACGAUUACCCCCAGCCCUUCAGAUGAUUUUCUGUACCAAACAGAACAACUGGAUGAUAAAACUUCCUUUCUCAUUUCUAUUAUUGAUAAAUAUCUCAAAUCUGAUGCUCUAAGACCCUUACUGGCAGAAGAAUCACAAAAUCUCUUAGAGAAAUGUAUGGAAGUAGCCAAUCCUGGGAAGGAUCUAAUUUGCCGUUUGUACUGGCGCAAACCAACUUGGUACCGCGUGAAGACACUUAUGGAAAUUGUAAACAAUAAAAAAGAUGUGAAGACAAGCAGUCCGGAUAUGUUUAACUUGCUCUCCAGCUUGGUAACUUAUGGUUUCCUCACCGCAGCUGGAACUGAAGGUGAAUCUAAAUUAGAAUUUGAGGACUAUGUGAAACUUUUGAAGAGACCAGAACUACUUCAAAUAGCCAAAGAGCUAAAGUUAAAGAUACAGAAUAAACAGGAUGCCAUAGAUGCUUUGAGGAAUUACUGUAAACUCAAACCUAUUAGCAACUUCUUAAUUAGAAAGGGAAACAAAAUCAAUGAUAACAGCCAUAGAGUCCUGGCUAUCUUGAAAACUAAAACAGGGCACUGCUACAAAAUGUCAAAGUUGGCACAAGCAACAUUCUACAGACUGUAUGUGUUGAUGUACUUGGGGAUUGACUACAACAUCAUAAGAGAACGUCAGCUGGAACUGGUGUUGCUAUACGACAAAAUUAAAAGAGAGACCUAUCCUGUUGAUAAGGAUAUGGUUGUUGAUGACGCAAGUUGUGUAUUCCAUGAUAAGGAAGAAUUUGACAGGUACAUUGAAGCACAUAUGUUAUAUGAGAGUUAUUUGGAGAAACCUUCAGAAGACAAGUGUGAAAUAAUAAAACAAGCUCACACCUUGUACAAAGGGCUGGGAGAGGAACUUAUGCAACGGUACAAAUCAUUGCCACCGUGGCUACGUAGAUUCACACCACCCGAUAUCUACAUCAAAAUAAUGGUUGGCGGAGUUGAAGAACUAAAGAAAUCAAAAACAGAGGAACAUUAUACGCUAGCAAUUGAGUUACUGGACACUGCACUCGGACAGAUUGGCUUCAGGCAACACAAGAGACAUAAGUGGUACUCGGAGAAGGCUCUUAUACUACAAAGUCAUUUACAUAACCCCGAAAGUGCUGCAAACACAUUACUACAAGGAUUUAAUUCGGAUAUGUCCGAAAAUAUGAAGGACGCGUUACGUCCUCGUGCGCUAAAACUCGCCAACCAACAGAACAUAGACUUGGAUGAAACAUUAAGAAAUGAGUUGCAAAAACAUGCAGAUAAACAAUCUGUGAUCGAAAACAAGCUACCAGGCGACCAUAUACAAAAGCAACCCAUCGAUAACUACAAUCAGAGAGGCAAGCUGAAAUUCGAGAUGUACAGUUCAGAGGGUCGAGCCAUAGUUAAUGCAGAGGAGUACUGUUGUGCCCACUAUAUUAAUAAUGGAGAGUACACCAAAGGAGAGCACUUGGAAGGUCGUAUAGUAUCGACGAUAUAUACUGCCUUAUUCUGGGACAUAAUAUACAGCAAGCCACCUGGUCUGACUGGUAUCUUUAUGAGUCAUUACCAACGGUAUCCACUCGACAUGUUUUCAAACAACUUCUAUAUAAAUCGCAAAACUUUAGUUGAUGAAAGAUUGUCAUUCAUUGAAGAAUGCACUGAUGAGUGUUUAGUGGAAUUCUUGAAACGGCAAUGGGAUGAACGACCUGAAACCGUAAUGUCAGAUAUGCUGCGUACGAUCGGAUGGGAGAAUAUUCGUGAGGUGGUGCUCUGCCUACGACCGCGCGGGGUUGCGAAUAUAUGCCGUCGCUUGGCACUCGACUACGGAUACUCGCGCAGUGGCUUCCCCGACUUAACUAUUUGGAACAUAGCCACUAGAAAGAUAAAGUUCGUGGAGGUGAAAACUGAUGCAGAUAAGCCCUCGGUGAAGCAGUUGCAGUGGUUGCAGUACCUUUUAAACCAUGGGAUCGAUGCCGGCUUCUGCUACGUAGGAGUUAACACCACUCGUUCCAGGGCCAGACCAUCAGCCACAAACCUAGAUUGGGAUCAAGUAUUAAGUUAAUGUAAGUCAUUUUUUAAAAGCUGCUAAGCCCAUAAGGCUUGUUGUAACAGACAUGGUUUUUUAAUAAGGCUACAGCUAUGCGAGACUGGUAG